UGUUGGCAACUGCCCACUGAUCCAGCUCCACCCCGCCAUGCUUUCUUAUUUCCCUAUAAAUACAAUCCAGAACCUCUUCUUCCACUCUCAUUAAAACAAAUAUUUGCUUUCUUUUAACCAAAAUCUAUCCCACAUGGACCUGAACCUUCGUCACCCACCUAACACUAAGACUUCGACUUCCGCCUCCACCGCCCCCCCACACGAGGACGUCAAAUUCAAGCGCGCCUCCGACGCAUUGCCACUUCCUCUUUAUUUAACCAACGGAAUCUUCUUCACCCUUUUCUUCUCUGUUGCUUACUUUCUUCUCCAUAGAUGGCGCGACAAGAUUCGUACUUCAACUCCUCUCCAUGUCUUGUCUCUCUCCGAGAUCUCUGCUUUGUUUUGCUUGCUCGCUUCUGUCAUCUACCUUCUUGGUUUCUUUGGCAUUGAUUUCGUUCAGUCCUUUAUCUCUCGCCCCACUUCACAUGACCACCAUGUUUGGCUUGAUGAUGGUCAUCAAACUAAUAGUAUUGACGAUGAACAAUAUAUUCUCGAGGAAGACAGUCGUCCGCCUGGACCUUGUCCAGCUUCCCUGGACUCCUCUCAGGUGGUUCCUCAUCAUCACCUCAGUGUAGCACCCAUUCCGAUUUCUAGUUUCAAACCCUUGUCUUUGUCCGAGGAAGAUGAAGAGAUCAUCAAAUCGGUAGUAUCCGGGACCAUUCCUUCUUACUCUCUGGAGUCAAAGCUUGGAGAUUGUAAAAGAGCUGCAGCCAUCAGACGCGAGGCUUUGCAGAAAAUGACAGGGAAGUCUUUGGAGGGAAUGCCUUUAGAAGGUUUUGAUUAUGAGUCGAUAUUGGGUCAGUGUUGUGAGAUGCCAGUUGGGUACGUUCAGAUCCCAGUGGGUGUAGCAGGCCCUUUGUUGCUCGAUGGAAAGGAGUAUACUGUGCCAAUGGCCACCACUGAGGGGUGUUUGGUGGCCAGUACGAACAGAGGAUGCAAGGCUAUCUACGCUUCAGGAGGAGCCACUUCCGUGUUGUUCAAAGAUGGAAUGACCAGAGCUCCUGUUGUAAGGUUUGGUUCUGCCAAGAGAGCUGCUGAGUUGAAGUUCUUCGUGGUGGAUCCACUCAAUUUUGACACUCUUGCUACUGUUUUCAACAGAUCGAGCAGAUUUGCAAAACUACAAGGGAUUCAAUGUGCAGUAGCAGGGAAGAAUCUUUACAUGAGGUUUAGCUGCAGCACAGGAGAUGCCAUGGGAAUGAACAUGGUCUCAAAAGGCGUCCAAAAUGUCCUUGAUUUCCUGCACAACGAUUUUCCUGACAUGGAUGUGAUUGGCAUCUCUGGAAACUUUUGUUCGGACAAGAAACCUGCUGCUGUAAACUGGAUAGAAGGGCGAGGAAAGUCAGUAGUAUGUGAGGCAAUUAUAAAAGAAGAAGUGGUGAAGAAAGUACUGAAAACAAAUGUGGGUGCUUUAGUGGAGCUCAACAUGCUUAAAAACCUAACAGGAUCAGCGGUGGCUGGGGCUCUAGGUGGGUUCAAUGCCCAUGCUAGCAAUAUAGUCUCAGCAAUCUACAUAGCAACAGGGCAGGAUCCUGCUCAGAAUGUGGAAAGCUCGCACUGUAUCACCAUGAUGGAACCUAUAAAUGAUGGCAAGGACCUUCAUAUCUCUGUCACCAUGCCUUCCAUUGAGGUGGGUACAGUUGGAGGUGGCACCCAACUAGCAUCUCAGUCAGCGUGCCUGAACCUACUUGGUGUAAAGGGUGCUAACAAAGAUAAACCAGGUUCAAAUUCAAGGGCGUUGGCGAGCAUAGUAGCUGGUUCGGUUCUGGCAGGGGAGGUAUCUCUAAUGUCAGCAAUUGCAGCUGGGCAGCUGGUGAAGAGCCACAUGAAAUACAACAGAUCUAGUAAAGAUUUCACUAAUAUUGCGUCCUAAGGAGAGAGGACAUUCACAUAUCCACUCACAACUUGAAUGGCCAACGUUAAAGAGUAGUAAUUGCAGUAGUAGUAGUGUUAGGUAAGUGGGAAAGUGCUCAUUAGAAGGAGAGGCAUGUGUGAUGUAUAAGCUAGAAAAUAACCAAAUAAGUAUCCAAAGCCUGUAUCAUUUUCGGUACUUGGUGUUGUAAAUUACUCGUAUUUCUUUUAAAUGUAAGGGCAUCUGACUG